UUCAAUCUUCUUAACUAUAAUAAUUAAUAUUAAUUAAAUUAAAUAUAAUCCAAACACUAAUCAAAUUUAUUGCAUUAAAUUAAAUUUAAAUAAAAAAAAAAACAAAAAUAAAAAGACAAGAAGAACCAGUUUGAAUGGGACUUUUUGUGCUAUACGCAAGUCUUAAUUUUUUUGGAUAAUUCGAAGAAGAAGAAGAAUCAACAACAACUUUAACUACCUUUACUCUAUUUCUUUCCUUUUGGUCAAUUCGCAUGGUUAGAUCAUAAAGCUUCAGUUUUUAUUAAGAUUGCUUCUAAUUUGGGAUGGUUUGAAAGAGGAGAAGGAGAUGUGAUUGGAGUUUUAGCUUUCUAAGAAUAUGGAUUUGCAUAGUAAUCCUCAAUCUGAAUUGGGGAAAUUGGAACAUAUUGUUUCUCAAUUUCUUUUGAAGAGUUUGCAUAUUAUUUUGGACUCUAGGAUUCCCUCUUUGUGUCGAAAUGAUCAUAGUGGCGAUCUUUCGUUGGUAUCUCGGGUGAAAAAGAGUGACAAAUGGUUCAAUUUAAUACUAGGAGAUCGCCCUCCAGCAUUAGAAAAUUUGAACUUUUGGCAUAGAAAUGUGAUGGAUCCAAUGAUAAUCGACAUAAUACUUGUUCAUGAAGGGCUCAACUCUUCAUCUGUGGACAAUCUGUACACCGGUUCAACAGUUGGAACGCCUGUUGAGACGGUUAUAGAGAGGUGGGUUGUUCAGUAUGAAUCUCCUAGGGUGGUAGCUCCUCAAAGUGGUGAAAUUUCUGUCUCUUACAAAAAGACUUAUCAGAAAUCGAUAGUACUUCUUCGUGCUCUAUGUUCGUUGAUGAGACUUUUGCCAGCCCACAAGAUCUUUAAACAGCUAACUAGUUCUAGUCAUACUUAUAAUUUUGAUAUUAUUUACAAAGUUUCUUCUUUUGGGGAUCCAUUCACUAGACCAGAGGAGAAAUUCAUGGAAGAAUAUAGUUUCACGCCUGUGGAGGCUUUCCCUGGUCGUCUUUGUAUGUCUGUAACUUACCAUUCAAGCCUAUCAGAUUUUAAUCUUGAGCCUUCAACAGCAAUGCCACCUAAGAUAAUUAAAGAUUAUGUUGGCAGUCCUGCUACUGACCCUAUGAGAUCUUUCCCUGCUUCGGAUAAGGGUGUUCGUGCAACUUCCUUUCCAUUGAGAGGAGUUCAAUCUUCAUCUCCCGUACCAGCUGAACGCCCACACAGUUGGACAAGCGGUUUUCACAGGCCUGGACCCUUUGUUCAAAACCAAACACUUUUCGGAUCUCCACCUGCAUAUCGUCCAUCUCCUACAUCAUCCGAUUUUCCAUCAUCACCUAACGAUAUGUAUCCCAACAGAGUUCAUAACCGAUUGCUAAGCUAUCAAAAGCCAAUUAGUUUUGAUGAGUAUCAGCUUUCACCUCCAUUUUCGUCGUCCCCAUCUCCAUCUCCAUCGCCUCCUACAUACUUCUACAAUGGUAAUAAUCCUAAUUCAAUGCAAGGUCGUAGACAUUCAGAAACCGCCCCUGUAUCUAUUCCAUCAACAAUGACAACCAGAGGUUCUAGAUACCUUUCUUCAAAUUUUUCCGAUCCAAGUAGAAAUUCUCUUCCUCCAUUAUCCCCCAGAAGCACUAGAAACGAUAAUUCAUCGCAAGAGUCUCCAUCUGGGAUAAGGUCAUUACGGAGAUUAGAUCCUUCAAGAGCUGGAGAAACCCCGACUGGAAAUUCAAACCAUUUCAGUGGCCCGAAGGCCAUAAAAGAUAGUAGAGAUGAUUCAGGGCGGUUUUCAGGACCAUUAUCUUCCAGCGGCUCACCACGUGUUGGGUUCUCUCCUGGCUCCGGCAGAUUGUCUUUUCAGGAUGACAUGGAUGAUAUUGGCUUCUCAUGUCCUUUCGAUGUCGAUGAUUUACCAGAUUUUCAUCACAGUCAAAAUCUUCCUGGCAGAAAACCUUCCGACCCCGCUUCACAAUCACUGCCAAUGGUUCGAAAAUCACAGUCACACGAUGCAGCUGUCGGUGUUCUCGUUCACAUGCUUAGGAAUGCACCUCCCCUGCGUCAAGAUUCGAGCUGUUACUCAACGAACUCCUUUAAGGCCGAACCUGAUGGAGGAAUCACUACUGCUUCAGGCUUCUUUGUGCCCCGAAAGGCAGCUGAUGCACUCGAAGAGCUUCGAAGUUAUAGAGAAAUGAAAGACCUCCUCCUCUCUAAAAGUGGAACUAGGGUGGUUUCUAAAGAAGAAGCAUAAUAAUAAGCCUGUGAUUUUGAUAAUGGGAAAAAUUGCAUUUGGUUUGGUUACCUAACACAAAAACUAAGAAAAACUCCAUUUUGGAGGGAGGAAUUUAAGACUUGUACAUAUCUUUGACUGUAAAUUUGUUAUUAUCAUUUAAACAUUUAAUGUAAUCUCCCACAUUUUAUUUGUUUUAUGUGUUUUUAAACUUUGAUGCUUAACUGAGUUAUUCUUUCAUGUGAAAAUUUUUGUAAGAAAAUAAAAUAAGUUGAAAAGAAUUAUAUGUA